GGGAAGAGCGGCUGUGACCCGUGGCUACUGUGGACCAUGUCUUUCCGCGACCUCCGCAACUUCACAGAGAUGAUGAGAGCCCUGGGUUACCCUCGACAUAUUUCUAUGGAAAAUUUCCGCACGCCCAAUUUUGGACUUGUAUCCGAAGUACUUCUCUGGCUUGUGAAAAGGUACGAACCUCAGACUGACAUCCCUUCUGAUGUUGAGACCGAACAAGACCGAGUUUUCUUCAUUAAGGCAAUUGCCCAGUUCAUGGCCACCAAGGCACAUAUAAAACUCAAUACUAAGAAGCUUUAUCAAGCAGAUGGGUACGCAGUGAAAGAACUACUGAAAAUCACAUCUGUCCUUUACAAUGCUAUGAAGACCAAAGGGAUGGAGGGCUCUGAGACUGGAGAGGAAGAUAUCAGCAAAUUCAAGUUUGAUCUCAGCUCGAAGAUCGCAGAUUUGAAAGCAGCCAGGCAGCUCGCAUCUGAAAUCACCUCCAAAGGAGCAUCUCUGUAUGACUUGCUGGGCAAGGAGGUAGAGUUGAGGGAAAUGAGAACAGAAGCCAUUGGCAGACCUCUGGAAAUAAAUGAGACUGAAAAAGUGAUGAGAGUUGCAAUCAAAGAGAUUUUGGCGCAGGUUCAGAAGACUAAAGACCUGCUCAAUAAUGUGGCCUCUGAUGAAGCUAAUUUAGAAGCCAAAAUUGAAAAGAGAAAAUUAGAACUGGAAAGAAAUCGGAAGCGACUGCAAACUCUGCAGAGUGUCAGGCCAGCCUUUAUGGAUGAGUAUGAGAAGAUUGAAGAAGAAUUGCAGAAGCAGUAUGACAUUUAUCUAGAGAAAUUUCGAAACUUGACUUACCUGGAACAACAACUUGAGGACCAUCACAGGAUGGAGCAGGAGAGGUUUGAGGAAGCUGAAAAUACUCUCCGUCUGAUGCAGAACAAGCUAAAGGAAGAAGAAAAACGACUGCUCAAGAGUGGAAGUAACAAUGGCUCAGACAUAGACAUCCAGGAGGAUGACGAAUCCGACAGUGAAUUGGAAGAGAGGCAGCUGUCCAAGCCACGGACAGCCAUGGAAGUACUCAUGCAAGGAGGACCCGGCAAACGAGUCAUGGGCACAAUGCAAGGUGGAGACUCUGAUGAUGAUAUGGAAGCAGCACCAGCUCUCUUAGGUAAAUGCAAGACUUCCAGCUCCAAGAAGCAGGUGGAUGCUGGAGGCAUGGCAGUAGUGGCCACAUAG